ACCAGUAUGGGCUGGUGCGGGACAGCAUAGACCAGUACGGACCAGUACGGACCAGUAUGGGCCAGUAUGGGCCGGUGCGGGACAGUGUGGGACUGUAUAGACCAGUAUGGGCCGGUAUAGACCAGUAUGGGCUGCCCAGUAUAAACCAGUCCAGCCCAGUCCAGGCCAGCACAGGGGGGCGGGGCUGUCCCAGCCCCCCUGAGCGCGCUCCCUCCCGGCAGUCGGAGAUCGGCUUCGGGAAACUGGAGACCUACGUGAAACUGGACAAACUGGGAGAGGGCACGUACGCCACGGUGUACAAGGGCCGCAGCAAGCUGACCGAGAACCUGGUGGCGCUGAAGGAAAUCCGGCUGGAGCACGAGGAGGGCGCGCCCUGCACGGCCAUCCGCGAGGCCAUCAGCACACACAACGUCAGGGUGUCCCUGUGUGUCCCCUUGGUGUCCCUCUCUGUCCCCCGAGUGUCCCCGAGUGUCCCCGAGUGUCCCCAGCCCGUUUUUGGGGCGCAGCUGUUCCUGUUCCAGCUCCUGCGGGGUCUCGCCUUCUGCCACCGCCACAAAGUUCUGCACCGCGACCUCAAACCCCAGAACCUCCUGCUCAGCCGCCGGGGGGACCUCAAGCUGGCAGACUUCGGCCUGGCCCGGGCCAAGUCCAUCCCCACCAAGACGUUCUCGAGCGAGGUGGUGACGCUGUGGUACCGCCCGCCCGACAUCCUGCUGGGCUCCACCGAGUACAGCACCCAGAUCGACAUGUGCCCCGUGCCCCCAGGGACCCCGACGGAGGAGACGUGGCCGGGCAUCGGUGCCAACGCCGAGUUCCGGGCGCACCAGUACCCGCUGUACCCGCCCGAGGGGCUGCGGCAGCACGCGCCGCGGGGUGCGGGUUUAGGGGUGUGGCCUGGGCUGGCCCCGCCCUCUGAUCUGGUUCCGCUCCCCCCAGCCACGUCCAUCUUCGCCCUGAAGGAGAUCCAGCUGCAGAAGGAGCCGGGGCUGCGCUCGGCGGCCCUGCCCCCCACAGGUUCUUCCGCCUUCCGGGUGCUCGACACCGAGUUCUGACGUUGAGCAGCCCCGGGAUCGCAGCUGCGCCCCAGGAC